AUGCGCACACCAGGAGGACCAGCGACAUGCGGAGCCAGUGCUUCACGUUGUCGGCCCUGGCUGCUGUGGGAACGACGGCGACGAGGGCUGCUGCCAGCACAACCGCUGUGACAAGGACAGAUUCGAGUAUAAUAUAAACAGAAAGCCCCAUGUCGAGCGCCGAGCCAAGGUCAAACUCCCUGUGGGAUCCUCACCUGGUGUAUAGUACUUGGCGCAGGAGUCAAUGAUCCUUUGGGUCCUGGACUUGCUGUUCUGGGCCUCCUCCACCAACUUCGUCAUCUUCGCCACGGCGGAGUUCUCAGCCGAGGCAGUGGUUCUUACGGCGACGUAACCUGCCGGGGGGCGGGGUUAACUCAUCGAAUUAGAAUCCUCAAGAAGUCAACGUGGAGACGGCUCACCGUUGAUGUUGAGGGUGCCGGCCCAGACUUGAGACAGGGGAUGCUUGGGGACAGGGAAGGACUCCCCCGUCAGGCUGCUCUCGUCCACCUCGCAGCGCCCGUCCAAGACGACGCCAUCGAUCGGGAUCAGCUCCCCAGCCUUGACGGCGAGGAGGGUGUUGACCUCAACAUCCUUCGCGUCGACCACCUCGCCCGUCUCCGCCAGCACGGCCUUCUGUGGGGCCAUGCUCAUCAGCGCUGACAUCACGGCCGCCGCCUGCGGACCUUGUUGUUAGUCUUGCUCAUGAGGAAUUAAAAAAGGGCCUUCCCGGGCAGGUUGUGCCCGGGGCCGGUGCUAA